UUGUGAAAGAUGUUCUGUUUGUGUUGGAUUCCAGGCGCAGGGAAUAAUUAGGGGAGUGACAUGCUGUUGAAGCCGAGGCUUUUCCUUGUGGGUUGGGCUACACGGCUGCAGUCUGGCCUGCCUGCUGGCAGAGACCAUGGAUUCCUUCGUGGCUCUGAGGAACCGAGGGCUGGAGGUAGGGGAAGAAACCUUGGAAUUUCCCAUGGUUCCUUUUGGACCGAUGGCUGUUGAGAACCCCUAGAAGGGAUUCUGAAGCAGCAAUCACUAUGAUUCCUCAGGCAUGGAGGCUACUUCCUAGAAAUGCCACCCAUUCCUUAUCUACGUUAUCAACCAAGCAGAGAGCCGAAGAUCACAAUCGGCAGCUGGAGGCCUAUGGGUACUUCUUACCCAUCCAGACCAGGUGGCAGGACAAUGACCAGUAUGGCCACGUGAACAAUGCUGUGUACUACAGCUACUUCGACACCAUCAUCAACCACUACUUAAUCAGGACCCUAGAAACUGUCCAAAAAUCUCCAAGAAGUUCAUCAAUUUCCAUAAAAUCAACACAAGUUGAAUGGGCGGCUAAACAUUCCCUCUCGCAUUUUUGGAGAACAGUUUUUGACCUGAAGGGUCAGGUGUGUACACCUGUGAUGAAGUUUUCACCUCUGCAUGUGGGGCUAGAGGGAGGAGUCCUAUCUGCAAAGGAAGCUUAUUUGUACUGUGGCCUGAAAACCAGCCUGCUGACAUCCCCCCUGGUGGGGUUCAUGGUGGCCAAUCAGUGCAAGUACCACACACCCAUUGGCUUCCCUCAGAUCCCAGUGGCUGCCCUGGCUGUGGAGAAAGUGGGUCGCUCCAGUGUAUGUUACCAACUGGCUCUGUUUCCUCCUAAACCCACCAAGGAGCCGCCUUCGGUUGAUCACCGUGACCUCACAGAUGGUUUUUUCCUAGGCCACCCUAAAUUAGCACAGUUUGACACUCUGGCAUGUACCACAGGGUCUUCAGUCCAUGUCUUUGUGAACCCAGCCACUAGGAAACCAGAGAGCCUUCCAGAAGACUUCAGGAACAGUCUCCAGAAACUAAUGAGUCCAGCAUAGUUUGUCUAACACUCUACAUGGAAUUCAUCACGCCAUAAGAUGGCAUUUAGGUUGUUCCCUGUGUAUUUUUCCUUUUUAAGUCCUUAGCGUAUAUUUUUGCCCUUAAAAUGCCUGUCAGUUCCUUAAACAAUUUUAUAACAAAGUCACCUAAAGUCAUAGUGGAAUACCUCCUGUAGCCAAGCACUUUACACAAUUUAUCACACAGAGCAGCUCACAGCUAUGCAAGAGGGAGGCACUAUCCUAACCCUUUCUGAGGAGUGGAUAGUGAGGUUUCAGACAAGUCAUUUGUCUCUAUGAAACCAGCAUACUUCAAGCUCAUACUCUUAACCUUGGCACUGAUGUCUGCUCCGUCCAUGCGGCCCUCAACCUUAAGCAAACCCAGGGCCGUGAAGGUGGCCCUUUCCACAUAACAGCACUCACUACCUGCAGACCAGUUUCUCUAUAUCCAGUGACAUUCCUUACUUCUUUGCUAAUGUAUUACCAGCCAGGUUGCCUAUGUCCCAUGGUUUGGCUUCAUUAAUCCAAUUUGACUCAUUACAUACCCUUAGCUUUUUUUCAGUAAAUAGACACCUGAUGUUUUUGUUUUUGUCAAUGUGAACUGUGGUACUCGAAAAAUCACCUUCCUUUUUCAUAUAUCUUGAAGAGAAGGUCUCUCAUGCCCUUUCCCAGUUGGAUUCCUAAAUGCUUUUUAAGCAAAUAGAGACUCUUAGCUGUGGAGUUGAGUUCCAAAUCCCUGCUACCAGUAUGAUAUACACAAAGACCACAUGCUAGCCCUUUGUCAUUAAAGCUAUUUAGUUUUGCCUAGGUAUAUGUAAGGGUUUUAAAAACACUUCAGAUAAGAAUUCUAAAACUUGGAAAGCUAUUUUCCAGCAAACUGGGGUGUACAGGCAUUGAUCUGCCUGGUUUCUGGCUCUGGACCACUCCUGUUGCUCCUUGGAGGCAGCUCUCGGUAUCAGAGCAUUGCUUUAUUCCUGGAGGGUCUCCCUUGUGAGUUGUUUCCUCACACUUUAUAACCACUCUCAGAGGUGGGUAUUCUUAUUCUUAUUUCACUGAACAAUCAGGAUAGACUAAAAAGAAAGGUCUCUCAUUAGUCUGGGCCUCACCCAUUCUUCUGUCGGGCCAGUGAGCCUCUGAGCCCCACCUGCUUCUGCCUCUCAGUGCUGGGAUUACAAAGUGUGGCGGUCUGAGUGAGAAUGGUCCCUAUUGGCUCAUAGAUUUGAAUACUUAGUCACCAGGAAGUGGAACUGUCUGAGGCAAUGUAAGAGAUAUAUCAUGCAGAGUGGUCUUUGAAGUUUAAAGUGCCCACACCAGGCACUGCGUUCUCCUCUCUGCCUGCUGCCUGAGGACCAGGAUAGGAAGUAAAGCUCUCAGCUACUUCUCUAGCCCGACGCCUGCCUGCUGCCACUCUCCCCAUUAUGAUGAUCGUGGGCCCGUCCUCUGUAAACAAGCCCCCAAAUAAAUGUUUUCUUCUAAAA